UCCCGCAUAUCUCUGUGGUUACUCUCUCGGAAUGCGCCUUCUCUACUUGGAUCUGACUGCACAGACAUGGCGCCUCGAGAACUUUCAUGGAAAGCCUAUCCCCUUCUAUGCCGUUCUGUCGCACACUUGGGGUGAAGACAAUGAAGAGACCAGCUUUGAAGAUUUUGAGAUAUGGACAUGCAAAUUGGAUAUUUCGAGCAAGCCCGGUUGUGACAAACUCCGGUUUUGUCAUAAGCUGGCAAACGAAACCGAACUACGCUACCUUUGGAUAGACACCUGCUGCAUCAAGAAGUCAGACAGUUCAGAGUUCCAGAGGUCGCUGAACUCGAUGUUCUAUUGGUACCAGAAGGCUUCCAGAUGCUUCGUGUAUCUCUCAGACAUGACCUUUGAUGAUUUCGGAUGGGAGAAAUUUGCGCAAAACGGAUGGUUCGCGCGAUGCUGGACUGCAGGAGCUCGUCGCGCCGAAAUUGGUACUCUUUCAUCUGAAGGAUGGUUACCUAAUAGGUGACGAGCAGUCGUUGGCGGACCAACUGUCCCAUAUUACCCUCAUCCCGACCACAGCACUCCUAGGAGCCGACCUCUCCAGCGUGUCCAACAGGAAGUAGUACUGUACUGUUUGGUACAGUAGCACUACUGUAUGGAUCAAAGUUGAU